UUGUGCCCAUACUGUCGUUGAUAAAGCCAAGGAAUGCGUACACGUCGUUCAGAAACCUUUAUUUAUCAGUAUGAUUAGCCUAUUCUUUAGGGGGGGAACGGAACAGGUGCAUGAACAGCGAUCAGAGAUGUGAUUAAAACAGAAGUGUGUGUUGUCCUCCACCUGUCCGCCAGGGGACCGGUUUCCCCCGUUCCACCGUCUCCAGGCUAAUCCCUCAGUCGACGUCAGGAAUGGCCGACCAGGACAGCAGCAACGCAUCUCCAGAGACACAAGUCUCUGACUCUCAGACCAAAGCAGAGGAGAGGAGAUGGUCGGGUCAGACCCAGUCCUCCACCCCGACUGUAACAUUAUCACCUACUCCCAGCAACAAUGCUGCUAACAAACCAGAGCCGUUGGUCCUCAAGAUCGACGAGCGACAGAGACUGGCCCGGGAGCGUCGAGAGGAGAAGGAGAAACAGACCGCUGCCAGGGAGGCUGUGUGGCAGGAGAGGGAGGAGAGGGCCAGACACUACUAUGACAAACACCUGGAGGAGAGGAAGAGGAAGAUGGAGGAACAGAGGAGGAAGGAGGACAGGAGACGAUCUGCUGUGGAGGAGAAGAGAAGACAGAACCUGGAGGAAGAGAAGGCCCGUCAUGAGGCGGUGAUGCGUCGGACGAUGGAGCGAAGUCAGAGAGCCAAACACACACCCAACCGCUGGUCCUGGGGCGGAGCACUGCCUGGAAACACACCCACCACACCCGGGGGUUUUGUCGAGUCGUCGUUCCUCUAUCCCCUCGACCUAGCAGGGCUGGAGCACCAUCUCCAAGGUGCAUUCAGUGUCUACCGCAGAUACGGCCUGAGCCACCAAUAUGCUGACAGACGGUCUGUGUCGACCAUGAACCUUUCUAAACAUGCAGCUGAUCCAGUUAUAACCAAGAGACUGUCCUACUCCUCUGCCACACUCUUACAUUCUCCAGACCGAGUGUUACAGAAAAGGACCUCCUCUUCACCCUUACUUAACAAAUCACAGUUCAAACUCCGCCUACCAGGGGGAAAGACCGCCCACUACAAACCCCAAGGCAUGCGUUGUAUGCCGCUGACCCCGUGGGAGAACACAGUGGUCAAUCGUCUGCUACAGCCCACACACUCCUACCUGGCACGCAGCCGCAGCGCCAUGAGCCUGUCUGGAGACACAGGAGCCUUGCCUGUAUGUCCUCGCUCGGUGUCCUGCCACCCUAUGGGAUCUAUGUCCUUCAAGUCCAUCCAGUCCCAGCCUCUGACCGUCUGCCGCAGCCAAGAGCCACGCCUCCCCAUGGACAUGACCAACCGCAGGAGGACCACCGGCAACGCACCGGAUAAACAUAAGGACUUUGUCAGGAAGUCUUGGAGCAACCUCUCCCUGCCUCUGGCCACACCUCCUCUGACCACGCCUACUGACAAGAGGUUCCGGUCACCAGGGAAACAGCAGAGUAGAGUGACACCGCCCUCACCUGGCAGACCCCCCCAGAAGCUGUCCCUUCCUCCCUACAGACCCCCCCAGAAGCUGUCCCCUCGCCCCUCCACCCCCAAGCAGCUACGGUCUCCCCGUGGAGAGGACUUGGGGAACCUCAGGCCCAGCAGGACAGUGCCAGAGAGCCUGUCUCUAAUUGGACUACAGGCAGGAGGACCUGAGGGAGACCAGGGGGCUGUGACCCCCUCCCAGCCCCGCCCCCAGAGCCUGGGCCAACCCAAAGCCUUCCCCAGCACAGACACGAAGGACACACUGUCAGCAGUCAGCGAGAGUGUGGGCAGUUCCCCAGCCCAUAAGUCUACUGCGGGCACCACAGACCCAGAGGAGGCCACACGGGUCCUGGCAGAGAAACGCAGACAAGCCCGGGAACAGAGGGAGAGAGGGGAGGAGAGGAGAGGGAUACAGGAGGCAGAGAGGUGUGGUAAGGCUGAGGAGAGACAGAGGAGAGAGGAAGAGGAGGAGAGAAGAAGGAGGGAGGAGGAGGAGGAGAGAGCCCAGCAGGAGAGAGAGGAGGCAGAGCGACUGCAGAAACAGAGAGAGGAGGAGGAAUGUCGGCAGAGGGAGGAUGCAGACAGACUGAGGAAGGAGAGAGAGAAACAUUUUCAGAAAGAAGAGGCUGAAAGGUUGGAGAGGAAGAAGCGGCUGGAGGAGAUCAUGAAGAGGACGCGUCGCUCAGAUCAAGUGGAGAAGAAAGCCACUCUUCAAAAGAACAUAGACGAAUCAGCGUCAAACUGUGAUUCUCCGGACCCCUCAGUGAGCCUGUCAGGGGCCGAGCACAGGGACCGCAACGGAGCCUCCAACCCUAACACUGACCCCAGCCUCAACACUGACCCCAGCACAGCACUGCUGCCACCUGCUGACGAGAGGGAGAACGGUUUGUUUGAGGAGGUGAUUGUUCUCCCUGCUGACUCCAGACUUCCUCCUGGUGAGGAGCAGCAUGUACCUGCCACUGCGUUCCAGGAGAACGGGAUCGUGAAGGAGUAGAUGACCCUCCAACAACACACAGCAGAUGUCUGAUGGCUGGAAAACAGGAGAUGCUGCCCUCCUUCUCAAGACUUCUCACAGCAUCUUCUGGCCUGGAGAGAAUCUGUUCCCAACUCAAUGCUGCUCUCCUUCUCAAGACUUCUCACAGCAUCUUCUGGCCUGGAGGGAAUCUGUUGCCAACUCAACCUAGAGGUUUCUACAGGGGUGGAAGGGGAUACUAAACCUAGAGGUUUCUACAGGGGUGGAAGGUGAGGAGGUAAACCUAGAGGUUUCUACAGGGUUGGAAGGUGAGGAGAUAAACCUAGAGGUUUCUACAGGGUUGGAAGGUGAGGAGAUAAACCUAGAGGUUUCUACAGGGUUGGAAGGUGAGGAGAUAAACCUAGAGGUUUCUCCAGGGUUGGAAGGUGAGGAGGUUAACCUAGAGGUUUCUCCAGGGUUGGAAGGUGAGGAGGUUAACCUAGAGGUUUCUCCAGGGUUGGGAGGUGAGGAGGUUAACCUAGAGGUUUCUCCAGGGUUGGAAGGUGAGGAGGUUAACCUAGAGGUUUCUCCAGGGUUGGAAGGUGAGGAGGUUAACCUAGAGGUUUCUCCAGGGUUGGGAGGUGAGGAGGUUAACCUAGAGGUUUCUCCAGGGUUGGAGGUGAGGAGGUUAACCUAGAGGUUUCUCCAGGGUUGGAAGGUGAGGUAAAGAAAGAAUAGUGUACACUAC